GAUGAUGAUGCAACGAUUGCGGGAUGUUUUUCUAUCCCCAAUAUUUAAAAUUGUUUAAAAGGAAGAAAACUAAUUCAAUUAAUUAUAUUAGACCAUAAAAGGAAGAACAUUUAUAUUUAUGCACAGAAUUUGCUAUUAUUUAUUUAGCUUCAAGUGGAGGAGUGGCAGAAUCAGUAGUGAUACAAAAAUCUCCUAGCAACAUUAAGUUUCACUAAUUUUAUAUUCCGAACUCAAAUCUGGCCAAGGAUAACUUUGUUUUUCAUCUUUCUGGAGUCAGAAAAAAUAAAGUAUCUGUCAAAUACUGAGGUAGUUUAAAUCGCCUGUAUCUCAUCCCUACCCAAACUGUAACCAUGUGCUUAUGUCAAAACAGAAAUCUUUAUUUAUUUAUUUCUAUUAUUUAAACACUUAACUGGCAUUUAGUUGCUAUCGAAUAAAAAUCAGGCGCUUUGUAACAACCACUUUAAAUAAACAUAUCGCAAUGAUUGACCUGGUUAGUACUUAUCGGCAGUGUUUUAUUUUGUCUUCUUUCACCCUCACCUCAUAUUGUGUUUAGUUGAUAGUGGAGGCCAAACUGCAUCAGCCUACAUCAGCUGAUAGGGGUCGUUACAACAUAAUAUGGCGGCAUGUUCUGACCCAUCAUUAACACAUCUCGACAGUCCUCUCUCACAAAUCAAUUCUGAUGGGAGAAGGACAUAUACAGGGGAUAGCUCAGUGAUUUCAGAUGUUGAUGGCUGUGACUAUGAAGGAGAUCUUGUGUCACAUAUCAAUUCUAUCACAGAUUCAAACAAUCAUUUGACGUCAAAAUAUAAGUGGUGCCUUAACUAUCAAGAAGCAGCUGUUUAUCUCCAAGAAGGUGAAAAUAAUGAUAAAUAUGAUACCCAUCCUUCAAAUUAUGAGGCCCUACCAGCCUAUCAAGUAGCACACAACCACUGGUUUCAUAUACUUGACCUUUUUGCUUCAAUUCUUCUCCUUUCAUUGGCCCUCUGCGAAAGCCCUGCAGUAACUACCAUGGCAUUGCCUGUUGGGAUGUUUCUGUUAUUAGUCAUGUUAGUGGAAGCUUUUGUAAUGAUAUGUCGUCAGAAGAACCACUUACGAGUGACUAGAGCUGUGAGGCCAUUCUUUCUUAUGGAUUCCUAUUAUUGCAAAGGCGUUCGAAGAUUUACGCGUCAAAUCUUUCAAUCUCUACGGCCAAUUUUUGACAUGCUUCUACUGUUGCUAUUUUUUAUGCUGAUAUUUUCUAUCUUAGGAUUUUAUCUGUUUUCUGACAUAAAAGACUAUACUUAUUUCAGUACUAUCCAGGACUCUUUUGUUAGUCUUUUUGUUCUACUAACAACUGCUAACUAUCCUGAUGUUAUGAUGCCUGCUUAUAAUGAAUCACGUUUUUAUGUUGCAUUCUUUAUAAUCUACCUCAGUCUUGAAUUAUUUUUCCUCAUGAACUUGCUUCUUGCUGUCGUGUAUGAUACAUUUUCUUCAUUAGAGAAAGAAAAACUGAGAAAGUUAUUCUUUCACAAAAGACUUGGCUGUCGUUAUGCCUUCCAGUUGCUUGUCAGUAGGCAGCAUCCAACUACAAUUCAGCUGAAACAUUUUCAAGGAAUGAUGCAGUAUUUAAGACCUAAAAUGAGCCAGAAAGAUAUCUACCUAACAUUUAAAAGUAUGAAUGUAUUAUCAACUGGUUCAUUGUCACUCGCUGAGUUUUUUACAGUGUAUGGGUGCAGUAAGUUAAAAUGGAAGCCUAAAAAUGUAUCAACUAUUUGGUCAGAAGAUUUCAGAUAUCCUUUUAAUUUGAUUUUUCGAGUUUUGUAUCGUAUAGUUACUCACAAGUGUUUUGAAUACUAUAUAUAUUUGACAAUAGCAUCAAACUUUACCUGGAUUGUUAUUGAAACUGUACAGAUGUCAGUUCAACACAUAAGUGUGAAGAAAUAUGACUUCACAGCUACAGGAGUAACUGUAUUCUUUAUUUAUAUAUAUGUCAUUGAAGCAUGUCUGAAAAUUCUUGGUAAAGGACCAAGAGAAUAUUUUACAACUGGUUGGGAUCUGUUUGACUUUUUUGUUACAUUAGUAAGCAUUAUCGGUCUGCUUGGUGAGAUUGUCAAUCAUAAUUUUUAUUACAUCAUGGUUCUCCGACCAUUCAGACUUCUCAGAUUAUUCAAAAUCAAUCGAAGAUAUCGAGAUGUUCUGGGAACAUUCUUUGUUAUUUUCUCACGUCUUGUCAGCAUUGCUUUAACUAUUAUGAUGUUAUAUUACUUCUUUGGCAUCAUUGGUAUGGAAAUUAUUGGUGAUGUUGACCUCACCAAUUGUUGUAAGAACACCAGUGUUGAAGACUUUUACCGGGAAGAUAAUAGCACCAGUAUUCAAGGCCUAUAUUAUUUAAAUAAUUUUCAAAAUAUUGUUUACAGUGGAGUGACACUGUUUGAGCUGACCGUUGUUAAUAACUGGUUUAUAAUCAUGGAAGGUUAUGCUAAUACUGUUAGUGAAUGGCUGCGACUCUACUUCAUGCUGUUUUAUAUUGUCUCUAUGGUUGUGAUGAAUAUUGUUGUGGCAUUUGUUUUAGAUGCCUUUCUUUUUCGUAUUCAGUACAAGAGAACAAUGAACUGUAAAGACAUUGAAGAUGAAAGCAUACAGCAAAUUGACAUACCUUUAUCAGCAGAGGAAUUACAAAUGUGUGAGCAAGAAUCUAUGCCACUAACUCCUUUAUAUUCAGGUGACCAGUCAAACACUAAUGUAAGUACUUUGAAGGGGAUUGUAAUAAUAAUUUAGGCACACUGCCAUAAAUUUUGUUGGG